CAACAUCUUUCCAAUCAAAAUCUCUCUCUCUUGAUGUGCCCAUAUUUCUAGCUGUCAACAAUUCACAGCCUUCUCUUUUUCAUUCAAUCACCCAUCAACAAAAAAAUAAAACCUUUUAAAUAUUAAAUACUUCCACCCAAAACUCCUUCAAACAAAAAUCACUUCCCUCCCUCCAUCUCUCUCUAUUCACUCUCCCAAUUUACACCAAUGUCUUCUCGAAGCCACCGAUCAAGAAAAUAUCAACUCACGAGAACAAUUCCUAUUCUUGUUCUUCUUCUUGUCCUUUUGAGUUGCUGCAAUGGAGCAAGAACCACGAACGUCUUCAACACAAGCUCGCCACCCAAACAAAAGGACGUCGUUUCGCCACCUCAUGAUCAUGUCCAUCAUCAAGUACAAGAUCACAAAAGUGUACAGUUCUUGGGGUCCCUGCCACGUCAGUUUCCGGUUCCAACUUCUGGUCCUUCCAGAAAACAUAACGAAAUCGGUUUAAGUAGUACUAAGACUUAAUCUUCACCUUGUAGUUCAAAGGUUUGAUUAAUGAAUCAUCCUUUUUACUUCUGUAAGUUUUUUUUGUUUUAGUUUUUGCCCCUUUUGAAUUUGGUUCAAACUGAUGUAAAUAGAUUUCAGUUUGAUUUAUUUAUGGGCAAUGCUGUGGAUACGAUCAAAUUUUUUAGUUUAAUAUUGGAACUUGUUUGAUCCAUUGAAAUAUUGCAAGUACGUAAGAGCAUCCACAUUGGUGGUUA